GCUAUAUACCUCUUUAUCUUUCCACCUCUCCAUUCAACAAAGCAAUUAAGAAACACAAAAGAUAGAAAGAAAAUAAAGAGAAGGAGAAGGGGAGAAGAGAGAAAGGUUGCAUUGAGAGAUAUGGGGAGGGGUAAGAUUGAGAUCAAAAGGAUUGAGAACUCAAGCAACAGGCAAGUUACCUACUCAAAGAGGAAGAAUGGGAUCCUUAAGAAGGCAAAGGAAAUUAGUGUUCUAUGUGAUGCUCAAGUUUCCCUUAUCAUCUUUGGUGUCUCUGGGAAGAUGCAUGAGUACAUCAGCCCCUCCACUACGUUGAUUGACGUCCUGGACAGAUACCAAAGAGCCUCUGGGAAGACCCUGUGGGAUGCUAAGCAUGAGAACCUCAGCAAUGAAAUUGAUAGAAUCAAGAAAGAGAAUGACAGCAUGCAAAUUGAGCUCAGGCACUUGAAAGGAGAGGACAUCACGUCACUGAAUUACAAGGAACUGAUGGCUCUAGAGGAUGCCCUUGAAAAUGGCCUCAGUGGAGUCCGUGAGAAAAAGAUGGAAGUGCACAGGAUGUUCAAGAGAAAUGACAAGAUUUUGGAGGAGCAAAAUAAGGAACUCAAUUUCCUUCUGCAACAACAUUUGGCACUAGAAGGUAUGGGAAACAUGCAUGGACAAUGGAUUUAACGAGAUUAAAAGGGUAUUCAAUUCGCAUAUGCAACGCGCAGCUAGCCUAAAACAGCCAAAUCUAAAAGAAAGAAUAUAGAUUAAUGGCUGGUCUUGUCAAAUUAGUUCUGCUCAAAGCCUUAAGUUAUAUGAACUUCUAUCAUUUCUGAUUUCGGCCGUAUUUGUUAAAGCUCGGUAGUGUAUCUCUAAAACUUGUUAUACGAUUAUUGAAUUCUGAUUACGAAACUAUCAAUUAAUGUGCAUGUAUGCUGCCAAUUUGAGUUAUAUAUACAUGCAUGGAGAAAUGCUAAUUA